CUGGUCAGGCUGCUGCUAAGCUUCAUGAAGCCACCCUCCCAUGCUGGCCCUGCUCACUUAGUGGUUCCUUUCUUGCAGCAUAUGGUGUGAAGAAAAACAUGCCCCAGAGCCCUACCGUUGUGAGCACUGGCGUGUCCACCUCUCAGCCCUGUACCACAAGCGUCCAGAAUGAUGACCUCUUGCACAAGGACUGUAAAUUCCUGAUCCUGGAGAAAGACAGUGCACCUGCCAAGAAGGAGAUGGAGCUGCUGAUCAUGACCAAGGACAGUGGGAAGGUCUUUACUGCCUCCCCCGCCAGCAUCGCUGCAAGUAUGUGGGAGCCCACGUGACUGGGGUUCAGCAGAAAGGC